UAUCCCGCCCGUUGAGAAUUUAAAUUUGAAAUCUCUCACUCUCCCAAAAAAAAGGUUGAAAUAAAGAUCCUCCCCUUUAAAACUCCCCCAACCUACCUUUUUGGACCUCUCUUUCUUUCUUCCCCAUAUAUGUUUCCGUUCUAAUCCACCAUUUGCUAGACUCUCACUCUCAUCUCAUCAACGACCAAAAAGAAAAUUCCAAACAUGGGUGCUUGUAUAAGCAAGAAAGGGAUUCAAAACCAGGAAAAAAUCUCCUCUUCCAUUUCUACCCCUCCCCAACCCCCCAGUCCAAUUCCUCUCUCCCAACCCAAAGAGAACAACCUCCCAAAACCAAAACCUGAGCAAGAAUCAACGGCGUCAGCCCCUGCAGCUGCAGCAAUCGUUGUAAAGAAAGAAACCCAUGUUGCAACCCCCAACAACGGCUAUGAAGGAGCCAAAGAACCAACAGAAGAACCCAAACGAAGUGAGCCUGCCGUUAAAGAAGACGUCUCUAAUGCAAUCCCCGCCACUGUUAGAACAUCGAGCUGCACGAAGGAAGAGGUCGAUGCCAUCUUAAUACAGUGUGGAAGGUUGAGCCGGAGCUCAUCUGGAAAAGGCUCGAAUGAGAACAACUCCCGCGGUGGCGGAAGCAAGAAGUAUUCAGGGUCAAAACGGAGCUAUGAUUUCGACAAUGAUCCAGCUGAUAAGAUGGGCGGUGAUGAUGAGAUUCCCCAAAUUAGGCAGGCCCACCGGAGAACUCCCAGUAGGGAAAGGGAUGCUGGGGCUUCAGAACUCAAGCGCUCCAGUAGCAGGGAUGAUGGAAAGAGAAACGGAGGGAGGAGGGCAAGUCGAUCUCCUGGGAGAAGACAGGAGACUCCGACAGAAAAGACAAGGCCUGGAAAGAUGGUUUCAGUCCCGGCAACAAUCACCACUGCCCGUGAGAAUAACAGAAGGGGUUCGACCCCUUCUUCCACGAAGAGAAGUGGAGAGGUGAGUGUGAGGAGCAGUGCCUCUCCUCGAGCCCGUUCGCCUGCAAAUACCCGACCUUCGAAUGAGAAUACCCAUCACCAUAAUCCUCAGCCAUCCCUUAGCCGGAAUUCUUCUAGAAAAGCAGAUCAAUCUCCUUAUAGAAGAAACCCCAUGAAUGAAAUCGAUGGGAAUGUUGUUAGAACAGAACAGCCUGCUGGGAAAAAUCAUGACCGCAGCAACAACAACAAUAACAAGGGAAGCAAUGUCAAGGUAGCAAAGAACAAAGGAGAGGAAGGGUCUGACAAAACCUCUCAGUUACAACUGCAGAAAUCCAAUGAGAAUGCUGCUCAAAUGCAGAGAUCUGAUGAGAAAAACAUUGCCGGCAUACGUGAACAGCUCAUGAACUGCAGACUGAAGGAGCAGCAGCUAGAGCCUGACAUAAUGGAAGAAGCCAUGGACAUGAAAGGGCUGAUCAGAAGUAGUGAUGCUGUUGCAAUAACAGGCACAAUGGCAGAAAGUCUCAAUCCCCAAACAAUAACAAGAACCCGAUCUUCAAGGAGAUCAAGAGACCUAGACGUCAUGGGUCUGAAUCCAGAUGCACUCAAUGCCCCCUCCUAUACUUCAUUGCUGCUGGAGGAUAUCCAAAACUACCAUCAACAGAACACCGCCUUUUCACUCCCGCCUUGCGUAUCAAAGGCCCGCUCCAUUCUCGAAGCUGUGGACAAUCUCAAUUCCUGCACUACUUCCAAUCUCUCAUCUGGUUUCUCCGAGUACAAAAGCUCUGAUGCUGAGGGCGGGCGAUUUGGUACGAGGAGGCCAGCGAUGAAGGACCCAUUUGUGGAAUCCGAAGUAGUCAUGAACAACAAUGAUCUGAUGGAGCCCAGCCUCCACAAGUAUGUAACAGUGAGGAAUGCAGGAGGGGAGACAGAACCACAAGAGUCGGCAGGGAGCAACAGCUUCCUCGGCCACCAUUGGCCUUCUUCGUGGGAGCCCAAUUCAGUCGACUCCACCGAGCGGUGGACUUCACUGUCGAACGCUAGCGAGGAGGUGGAACAGCUCGCAUUGAAUGAGUUAGGCCAUGAUCUUGAAGUGGGGGGAAGGAGAUUGAAGCGGGGCAGUAGCAAUAACAGCAUGCCGGUCACGACAACAUCGAGCGGGAAGAAGAGAGAAUUCAAUCAUUCUCAGCAGGGAGGUAGUGUUGGGAGUGGAAAGAUGGGAGUUAGAUCUUCCUCACUGCCUGUUGUUGCUGCAGCUGCACAGUAAAAAUUGGUGUACUGUAUCUCUCGAGAGAGACAUUGGAAACAAGUUGCAAGCUUUUGCAGCUUCUGUUAUUUGAUUGUUGAAAUAUUAAGCAAUGGCCAAAGAUCAAUUUGUCCUUCCAUGUCUUUAAUCCA